UAAAAUGGAUAUACACGACAGUUUGUGUAACCGAACACAAAACCGACAAGUGAUUGUCCAAAGACGAAAUCUGGUUCAAAUUUGCAGAUUUGCUGUGAAAAGUCUUAUUGAUAAAGCAUCCCUGACAGCUGUUGAUGAUGAGUGUGAAGAGGUCAUUAAUUUCUGUGCAGUUCUGGAACAACUGCUUUCACACAGGUUAAAAGCUCAAAAAACUUGGUUUACUCUUGAUGAGGAUCAAUCACAUUUCUGGAGUUAUGUCAAGGUUGCCUGCAAAAAGGUUCCCAAUAACUGUGUCAACAGUAUUGCUAACCUCGAGAAUGUAAAAUCUCCUGUGGCAAAGGGACGAGCAUGGAUUCGGUGUGUUUUGAUGGAGAAGCGGCUGUCAGAAUACCUCAGUGUGGCUCUACAACAAACAAAUAUCACCAAAAAGUUUUACAGGGAGGGAGCUGUGAUGUUAACUGAUGAUGCAAACAUGUUGAACGGUGUUCUGCUGGGACUAAAUGCCAUUGACUUCAGUUUCUGUCUGAAGGGAAACAAUGUGGCUUUGUCUAGUCCACUAGAAAUAGACUUUACUCCAUACCUAAGGUUCCAACAGAGCCAGGAGAGUCUCCAUAGUGAUGCUGAGGAGCUACAGGAACUGAGUACUAUCUCUAGUAUGACGAGCAGUAUCAUGAGUGAAGACAUUACAAUUAUAGGGGAUGACACCUGGAAAAACAAGUUCAAGGCUUUAGAGACCAAAUAUAAGACAGCCAAUGAGCAGAAGGGAUACCUGGAGGAGCUAGGACGUAUGAGAGAACACCAACUGUACCAACUUCAACAUCAGCGACAGACUCUUAUAAACACUGUGCACCAGUUUGACGUGGAAGGAAAAAAAGAACGGCACCAGCUGGAACUUGUAAUACUUGAGCUUCAGAAGCAACUCACUGGAAUGAAGAGACAGUGUGAAAUGCAGCACCACAAGUACACAAGUCUGAUGAGAAAGCUUCAGAGUGGCCAUGUUGAUAUGGAUGAUGUUAACAUCAUUAAAGCCCCUACUUCACCAGAACAAUCUGCCUCAGACAGUCACAGGUCUAGCUACAGUAGUAGCGAUGCUGGCUCUACCCUUCCAGCUUCUGCUGCACGAUUGGCCAUACCUGGAUCACAAACUACACAGGCCUCUGGUCAGUUACUAGUUGUGGAAACCACCACACAAAAAGAGGACACUCAAAGCAUGAUCGCCAUGGCAGGGUCAUUUACCUCAGAGACCAGUGACACCACUCACACGCAUCCCACAGUCGUUGAUGGACGACUUCAUCUGCGCGUUACGUCACCAGAGAGAAGACGUGGAAGCUCGGAAUUCAACACUCCUGAAAGAAAGGUGAAUAGCUCUGCAGCAGAAAAAAUGGGAAACAAUUCAGAGGCAGGCACUCCAAUAAGGAGAGGCAGUAAACUAGAUAUGGAAAAAGGAGACAUACCUGAGAAAACUGACACAAGUAACUUAGAAAUACAUAAAGUCGAAAAGAAUAUUCAAAAGGAUGUGUACUUAACGACAAAGGAAGAGGAAUUUGUUAUGGUACCUGAACAAGCCCAGGAGGCUGAAACUUUCAUAUCUGUAACAGAUACAGAAUCUGACCAAUCAGAAGACAAAUUACAAACUAAUGAACGAACUAACCAAUCAGAAGAAAGUUUACAAAGUGUAGACCAUUCAGAAAAUAGCAAUAAAGAAGUCACUUCCAAUCAGAAUCAAGAAUCACAAAUUCUAGCCAAUGAAAAUUCUCCACAAGGUGAAGACCAAAAAGAAAAUCAAAGGGAAGAAAAAGAGGAGGACAAAGAUGGCUCAAACUCAGGAAGUGACGACAUAAUGGUCUUGUCAGAUGUGAGUUUGACUGACUCUGAUGGUCCCCUAGAUCAAAAAGCAUUACAAUAGCAUUAUUAUGUUUUAUGUACAAGAAGCUUGUCAAAUAGCUCCAACAAAUAAGGACUUAUUUGUAUGGUGACAUACAUACAGCAAGACAAUACUGCAUCCAUUGAGGAGCAAUAUCAUUCCAGUAGAAAAAGUUUACACAAAUGUAUAUGUACAUGAUAUUUCUCCUUUGUUUUUAUCUUGUAUAAAUUCUAGGAUAUUGAAUUUAGGUUGUAUCAUUUGUAUUCAAUAAAUUUGUAUUUCAUAUAGAUAAUGAGGUGUAUUCUAGUCUAACACAAACGUUUGAUAAAUAAGAGGUAAAUACAUAGUGUAAACUGAUUCAAAUGUUCUAGACAAAAGCCUCAGAUUGUUAUACAUAUAUCGUAAACUCAUUCUACCGUUCUAGACAAAAGUCCCUGAUGAUUAUGUAAAUAUUAAUUACCACCAUAUAUAAUAUUGUUAACUAAUUCAACUGCUCUAGACAAAAGUCUUUGAUAAUAACAUACCUAGGUAUAUGUUUUUACUAAUUCUACUGAUCUAGACAGAAUUUCUGGAUAAUUAUACAAAUAUUAAAUUCUACUUUUCUAGACAGAACUGUUUCAUGAAUAAAUAUCUGUAAAUCAUUUCUACAGAUCUAGAGAAAGCCUUCGAUAGAUAAAUCUAGAACUGAUUUGGUUAUUCUAGACCUAAAUCUUUAAUAGAUAUUGUAAACUAAUUUUACUGUUCAGAAUAGAUCUCUAAUCUAAAUUGGUUGUUAAAUAACAUCUGUACGUUAUACAAAAAAUUAUGCAUGGAUCAUAGACUUGGUAGACAAAGUUGUUUGAAGGUAACAAAUUAUCAGAAAUCAGUAGCACGGGAUACCAGCUGGUACAUGUGUGUUUUAGUAUGUGUAUACCUGUGUAUGUUAGUGAGAUGAUUUCAGUAUUAUAGAUCCCAUCAGAUAUUUUCUCAGAUAGGUAGAAUUAUAUUCCAGAUUUUAGUUACAAUAUUUUAAAGUAUGGUGUAGUAGUGAGGGUGCUGGAAUGUGAGCAUUAAGAUUUAAAAAUUCAAAAAUUUAUGUGAUGUCUCAGUUGAUCUUAAAUACACUUUCAUAAAAUUUAUUGAAAAACAAUCAGUAUGGUUUGUGCAAUAUAUGUAGAAAGCUAUCCAUUAUCAUCAGCCCUCUCUCAUGUUCCCCUCCCCACACACAUAUGAAAACAACCUUCCCCUUCCCUCCCCCACCCCCACACAAAAAAAAAAACUGACCAAAAACAAAAAGAAAAAACAAACAAAAAAAUAGAAAUACCAAUGUAACUAUGAAGCCAAAAUUAUGUUGGAAAAGUGGGAUUUUCUGUAAUUGUUUAGUUGAUCCUGUGAUGGGUACUUGUACAUUAUUAUGUGACUUAUAUAACAAUAAUUUAUUUUGAUGUUAUUGACAAAGUGAACAAAGGAUUUUUUCAUAAAAAAGAGCAUUCAUGUUUUGUCGAGUGUAAUUUGUCCCAAAGGUGUUAAAAAGGCCCAGGUCAAAGUUAUGUUUCUAUUGUACUAUAUAUAUAUCACAUAUUUACUGGUACAUAACAGUGCAUUAGAUGUGGUCCUUUACAGCUUCUGUUACUUUGCCAUAGAUAUGGAAAAUAUUUUCUAUCAUUUUUUGAGUCACUUUAUAACUCAAUCACAAACUAAGUACUGUUUAUCAGUUUGUGCACAGUAGUUUCUGGAGCACAUAGAACUAGAUUUUAUCUUACAUCUCGCUUCACUUUUGAUCCAACCAAAGUAUUAAGGAUGCUGUUUGGCAUUUAAAAUUUUCUUGUUUUGAGAAAAGAUACAAUUGUCACUGAAAUAUUACCAAAAAUAUGCAUGUUUUUGUGCAUACUGGCUAUGUUAGAACUAUUAUACAACUCGCUCACUCUGCUGAUCAAUACUUUUAUUUUAGUAUUUUCACAUUUCAGAAGUUUUUAGUACAAGUGCAAUUAUCAUGGUAGGGAUGUCAAAAGUAUUGUUGUCCCUCCCAAGAGCAGUCAAAUACAAAGAUUUUUUUCUUUAUUAUUUUGUUCAUUAUAAUUAUGAUGUAUACCCUAUUUUCAGGUAAUUUUAAUAGUCAAAGGAAUGAUGCCUAAGAUAUAUUUUUUUUCAUAUAUUUUUAUUUGCAAACCACUUCUCAUUAAACUUUGGAACAUUAAGUCCUUCAAUCAACUGGCUUUGGUAUGUCAACCUUUCUGAUUUCUAGACAUUUCUGGUUGUAAUUCAUUCUCAAAAUUCCAGGAGUGACAUUUGAACUGUGUUAAAUAAGUAUGUCAGUAAAUACUUCAUACUUGAGUUUGUGGAAAUAAUAGUAAUAUUUUUUAAUAUCAGUAUGUGGUUUGAAUAUGCAAGUUAAUGUGUAGAAUUUGCAUGGGUAAGGUUUGGUUUGUAUUUUUAACUCAUUAAAUCAUACAUUUUUUCAAAAGUUAAAAUCUGGCUAUCAGCAUUAUAGACCUUUUAAUUAAUGUUGAGUUGGCUGUAUGGUUUAGAAAGAGAGAAAAAAAAAAUAUAUAUAUAUGAUGCUGUAACUGUCAUUGCCUACCUGCAAGUUAACUUGAAAGUUAAAUGUAAUAAAAAUUAUAUUAUCCU